AUGACUGGUGGAUUAGAACAGUAAGUUGUAAGAUUUGAUUGAAAUUACCUAUCGGAAAACUUUAGGUCGGAAUGGAUCGAAAUUGUGGAGCCAAAAACGCGGCAGAGGAUGUAUGCAAAUCUGGUAACAGGGACAUGUCUAUGGGAACCUCCCGCAGGAGUAAAUGUGUAUGUUUUCUGUCAGCUUUUAGUCUUUGGAUUUGAAGGUGCUGAUGGAUGAUGAAAUUUUUAGAAAGAAAACAAAUGAAAAUCAAUGGUGGGAACUCUUUGACAAUACAACGAACCGAUUUUACUAUUACAAUCCUUGCUCUACUGAAACGGUUUGGCAGAAGCCAAAAGAAUGUGAUAUUAUUCCUCUGGCCAAACUUCAGGUACAUUGUAUAUGCGUCUUUUAAUGCGUAUUUAUAGCAACUGAAGGAAAACACGGCAUCCGCGAGCCAUUCUCCAGAAACGCCUCGCUCACAAGAAUUGAAAUCCUCCCGAACCGAGUGCUUUUAUUCAAAUCUGAAAGACCCGGCAUCUCAGUUCAAACAUUUGAAUAUAAAUUCCGAAUGUUGUGAUCAUUCGGAAACAUCUCCGUUCCCACGGAGGAAGCAUAGGGAAAAUUCUGGGUCUUCAGCGUUGAGUCAAGAAUCGGUAUCAACGAAACCAAAGUUCGAUAACUGUCUCCAGGAGAUGGUUGUCUCAAAGGCCGUAACGGAAGGUUCCUCUUCUUUUUAUGACAAUGAUCUAUGGGUUGGAAGAACUCGGACUUGUUCUACCAGUUCGUCCAUUUCUAGUUCUCUACAGCCGUCCGAAUCAUUAUCCCAAGUAAGGAAAGUAAAGCAGAUUGGAGUGUUUUUAGAAAACGCCUUUGAGUUCAUCAAUCGUUUCUCCACAUUCAAGUAAAUUAAAUUGGACAAAGGAUUCACUAAAGGCUCCCUUAACUUCGCUAGCAAGCAAGAAGGACAAGAAACAAGCCCUAGUAUUGUUUAAACUUGUGCGAAGCUACAUGGGUGACCGAAAAACGAGGACGUGCAAUGAUAAUGUAAGUCAAAUAACCGAUAAUCUUCAUUCUGAUUUAGUUGGUUUUAAAUAUUUUGGAAAUUGUUUCAAAUUUUCCAAUCUUGAAGAAUGAAGUCUACCUCCAGCUCGUUAAACAAUUAUCUAAUAACCCCAAAAUUGAUUCUCUUCGCCGUGGCUGGGAACUACUUGCAAUAAUGUUAUCGUUUUGUAUUCCAAAUGACCCUGAUGUUGUUCAUGAAGUGACAACUUUUGUGGAAAGGUGUUCCGAUCCGCUGCUCGAUCCAUCUGAAUUUUUUUGCUCAAAAUAUGCAAAACAUUGCUUUAAAAGGAUUCAAUUGCCGAUUAAUUUCUUUAAAGUCUCUUUGGAGUCUGUACAAACGGCGAGAUAUAACAUAUUUUAUCCCUCCAUGUUCGGCACAACAUUAGAAGAGCUUAUGGAUUAUCAAAAAGACAAAUAUCCGGGUCUGGAGAUACCGUGGAUAGAAGAAGUAUUAAUCAAUAUGGUCUAUGAAUUAGGUGGUGAAAGCACCGAAGGAAUCUUCCGAUUAACCGCCGAUCCCGACCUUAUGCAUACUGGUAACCUGUGCUUUACACGAAUUUAAAUACUUUUGCUUAGGUAUCGUUCAAUUGAAUGUGUGGGUAAAGCCUGCCGUUCGUGAUGCUCACAUUCCUGCCGCUUUAUUAAAACAAUGGCUCCGCCAGCUCCCUUCUCCGUUGAUUCCCGACGCAUUAUACGACGCGUGCCUUAACAUUUCGAACGAUGCCAACGAUGUGACUGCGUUGAUAAAAAUGCUACCUCAGCUUAACUUAAAAGUGUUGAUUGCUUUAUUAAGAAUGUUACAACGUCUUUGUAACGAGGAGACCGUCAAGUCCACCAAGAUGGACGUGUCUAACUUGGCGAUGGUGAUGGCUCCAAACAUUCUCCGAUGUCAGAGCAAGGAUCCAAAUGUGGUAUUUUCCAACUCGAGGAAAGAAAUGGAGUUUGUCAAGACUCUCAUUCUUAAUUGUAUCAUAGAUGUGUAG